AUGGCUAUCUCCUGGACGAAACUCCCCCCUCCGGAGAGGGUUCCCUACGCAAUCCCUCAGCUGGAGGGAGAACGUAUUUCAAUUCCUGGCAGUAAGGGGGUAUUCCGUAUCCUAGCGUCCUCAAAGCAGACAAAUGGCUUGAUGGCUGUUUUCCAAAGCGGUGCGGUGCUGUCCGAUGCACCGGGAUUCCAUUACCACAACCACGCCCAUGACGUUUUCUUAGUUACGAAAGGCUAUCUAAAGCUAUGGAAUGGAGAUAGAUGCCGCAUCAUGGGACCAGGUGACUUUGCAUAUGCGCCACCGACAGUCGUUCAUAAUCCCGAAAUGUUAGGUCCGCAUACAGAACUCUACGGCCUGAUAACUCCCGGGGAUUGGGUUGACUUCUUCCGACACGUCUCCGAGCCCUACGAGGGGCUACUGGUUCCCGAGAGUGACGACCGGGAUUUGAAGUCCCUGUUGAUACCCAAGGUUAUGGCUGCGAAGGAAAAGUUUGAUGUCGUCUUCCAACCAAACUAUCAACCUCCAGAUUUAGGAGACUGGACAAAAUAUGAUGAACGUCUCCCGGACUCUUCGCAGCCGUUUUACCUACGUGCCAACACCGGUCCAAGAUGGAUGUUGGGAGGUGUUAUGUCUCGGCCAUUUAUCACAACGACCCAAAGCAACGGGGUGUGCGCAAUUUCAAGUAUCGAAUCGUCCAACCAAUAUAGCCCUUCACUACUAUCAGAAUAUAUGACGUUCCACGAUGUGGAUCACUGCCUUUGUAUUCAAGAGGGAACCCUGAUCGUCCGUCUGAAGGGUUUACCGGAUGCUGUCUUCCGUGAAGGCGAAACGGUGGUCAUUCCAGCCGGUCAGACAUUUGCCCUAGCUUUCGGCAGCAAAUACGUACGGGUCUGGUCUUUCACAGAUGGAGAUGGCAUUGAGAGUCUGGUGCAUCGGUUGGGGACGCCAUUCGAAGGCGUUGUUCUGCCUGAUAGGGAGUUAGAAUGGGAUUCGGCCCAGGUUGGAUCUGUUGCAAAGGGGCUCAAUCGAUCGCCAUCAAUUCGCACCACAGUGGAUGAUUCUGGUCCACCUCGGGCGAAGCGGCCGCGUGCUGCUCAAGCCUGCGACAGGUGUAGAACAAAAAAAUAUAAAUGUGAUGAAUCAUACCCUUGCUCGCACUGCAAGAAGAAGAAAGUAGAUGAGCUUUCCGCAAAGCUCCGCGUGGCUGAAUCUGAAAUUGCUUCUCAGCGCUCUCCUCAGUCUCAGAGAGAGGCGACAGCCCCUGAAACAAGACAGGUACCCCAUGCCAUAAUAGAUGCAACCCCGUGUUCUAUGCCUCGGCAUGGCUCGACCCCAAGAGAAGAGAUAUCACUGUCAUACGACAAUCAUGACGAGGCCGGGGACUCCGUGGAAGAUGAAAUCAGCGAGCUUAAUCACCACACCAACGGCAUCGAGUUCCAUGGAAGCACAUCAUCAACUGCACUAAUAGGCCAUCUUCAAAAGAGGCACGAGCCCGGCCGAACUCAAGAGCAACAUAAUCUCAAUGGCGUGCCAGAGUACUCUAUAGUAUCUACACUACAUAAUUCAAGUUUCUCGCCCUCAUAUACGGCUGGCCCGGCGCAACCCGGGGCACUUCAUGAGCACAACUACUACUUUGAACAGGCUCAUGCAUUUAUGAACGGAUAUUUUGAGAACAUCCACUUUAUUCAUCCUUUGAUUGACAAAGAGGACUUCUGCCUGCGGGCUCAUGAUCUAUGGUUCAACCGAAAGAAACAACCAGAACCAAGUUUUGUCGCACUGUAUCUAAGCAUCCUCUCAUUUGGCGCCUUGGUUCGUGUUUGGGAUGAGGAGCGACUUGGAGGCUUAACGCGUUUCGAGUGGAGCCGGAAGUUGUUCGGGGAAGCCCAAGUCUAUCUGAACUAUUUGCAGUUUUCGAAUAAUCUGGACACAGUCCAGUGCUUGUACCUCAUGGCUAAAAUUUGCCAAAACGAGCUCAACCCGAACUUGGCUUAUAUGUACUUGGGCCUUGCUAUACGCACAUGUCUAGCAGCUGGUUUCAACAGGGAAGUGCGUAACUCUACAGAGCAAAGGGCAGGUUGGAUCUCCAAAACUUGGUGGGGCUUAUUCUCUCUCGAAAUUGAGAUGAGCUUUUCUGUUGGCCGUCCGGAUACUCUAGGAAUGGAUGAAUAUCACAAUCGAGCUCUUCCGGAAAGAGACGAUUCCGAAUACGCCAUCAUACCAUGGAUGGUUGAUUUUGCACAAAUGAUUCGUAAGGUGUCUGUGCAAAUCUAUCAUUCACGAAUCACCUUGCAGGAUAAAUUGCAGGUCGCGCUGCAAAUCGAGGCUGAGUUGGAUAGAUGGAUGUUGAGACUUCCGGAGAGAAUUAAGCCGGAUGUCCUGAGACAACGAGCAUCUGGCGGUACACUGCGAGACCCAAAGUGGGCUCGCCGGCAAAGAUUGGUCCUGGGUAUUCGCUACUAUAACGUCAAGAUGCUCCUAUUUCGCCCUUUCCUGAGUCAUUUUACACGCAAAUUAAGACAUCCACCGAUCGAGCUGGAACAGACUAUCGGGAAGUGUCUUGACGCUGCGAUGAAAACAAUUGAAGUCAUCUAUGAUAUCUACCGAGUCCAUACGUUCUUCCGGUGCUGGUGGUAUAACACAACAUAUGCGAUGUUCGCCACAUCAACUCUGCUACUCCCCAUGGUCAAGCUUGGCAUGUGCCCUGAAACUAUCCCGUUGCGACGAUCCGUGGAGAUGGCGUUGGAAAUCUUGGAAGCGAUGGAUGAAUCGGUCGUGGCACGGAAGUCCGUUGAUCUAAUCAAACGUUAUCUCAAAGAAUUCAGCUUGUCGGACGCCCAAUCAAGUAUGGGGAACAUUGAAGGAAGUGUUCCGGCGUAUGCAGCGGAGACCCCUAGUCAGGGUACUUUUGAUAUACCGGAAUGGGCCCACGGCUUUGGAUUCCCGGACUGUUCGUUUGAAGGAAUCGCCCGGCUCUUCGAUGAUAUAGGAGGACUGCCAAUGUUGGACAAUUGA